AUGAACAACAUCUUCAAAAUCAUGCUUUGGACUCGUUCUUUAACCCAUUUCCGAUCAACCCACCACAUCUAUUCACGUAAAAUUUCUAACUUUAAUAAGGAUCCUGAUCGUGGAUCAUGGGAAUCAAUAGAGGGUCUCCUUCAUUGCUCUGCAAAUUCUGUUCCUUUAUCUCCUAUCAACUUCUUGGAGAGAGCAGCAAAGGUUUGCAGAGACCGAACAUCUCUUGUCUAUGGUUCCUUGACCUAUAACUGGGGACAAACUCAUCAACGUUGUCUCAAACUCGCUUCUUCUCUUACUCAACUAGGAAUUUCUCGUGGAGAUGUGGUUGCCACACUAGCACCUAAUGUUCCUGCGAUGUACGAGCUGCAUUUUGCAGUACCAAUGGCUGGAGCAAUUCUUUGUACCCUUAAUUCUCGCCUAGACGCAACUAUGGUUUCAGUUCUAUUAGAGCAUUCGCAAGCAAAGAUCCUUUUCGCAGACUACCAACUACUUGAAAUGGCUCAGGGAGCAUUCGACUUGCUUCGCCAAAGAGGAAGGGAGUUGCCUACUCUAGUCGUAAUUACUGAUUCUGAUUGCUCGUCUACUGUCGAUAAUACAUCAACUAGUUACGAGUACGAGAAGCUAAUGGAUGUUGGCCAUACUGGUUUUAAUAUUGUGAAACCGAAAAGCGAAUUGGAUCCUAUAAGUAUAAAUUACACCUCAGGCACCACAUCUAGGCCUAAAGGAGUUGUCUACAGUCACAGAGGUGCUUAUCUAAACUCUCUAGCAACAGUUCUACUCUUUCAAAUGAACAUAUUUCCGGUUUAUCUUUGGAAUGUUCCAUUGUUCCAUUGCAAUGGUUGGUGUCUCCCUUGGGGAGUAGCAGCUCAAUUAGGCACAAAUGUUUGCUUAAGAAAAGUUUCUCCAAAGGACAUAUUUGACAAUAUAAUCCAGCAUAAGGUGACACACAUGGGAGGAGCACCUACAGUGCUUAACAUGAUUGUGAAUUCCGCGUCAACUCAUAGAAAGCCCCUCAAUCACAAGGUUUUAGUGGUGACAGGAGGUUCUCCUCCACCUCCGCAGAUCCUUUCUAAGAUGGAAGAAAUUGGUUUUAGCGUUUCUCAUCUAUACGGUUUGACAGAAACAUACGGCCCGGGGAGUUUUUGCGCGUGGAGACCUGAGUGGGACACGCUGCCUGCAGAAGAAAGAUCGAAGAUGAAAGCUAGACAAGGUGUGCCUCAUGCAGGGUUGGAAGAAAUUGAUGUCAAAGAUUCUGAAACUAUGGAAAGUGUUCCGGGCGAUGGAAAAACAGUUGGCGAGAUAAUGUUUAAGGGGAAUACAGUGAUGAGUGGAUAUUAUAAAGAUUUGAAAGCCACAAAAGAAGCUUUCAAAGAUGGCUGGUUUCAUAGUGGGGAUCUUGCUGUGAAACAUUCUGAUGGUUACAUAGAAGUUAAGGAUAGAUUGAAGGAUAUAAUAGUCUCUGGAGGAGAAAAUAUAAGCUCGGUCGAGGUAGAAACCGUUUUGUAUAGUCAUCCGGCUGUUGAUGAGGCCGCGGUUGUUGCCCGACCGGAUGAUCAUUGGGGUCAAACUCCUUGUGCUUUUUUGAAGCUGAAAGAAGGAUUUGAGGCAGAUGCUCAAGAGAUAAUUGGCUUUUGCAGGGAACGUUUGCCUCAUUACAUGGCUCCCAAAACAAUCAUUUUUCAAGAUAUGCCAAAGACUUCUACAGGGAAAAUACAAAAGUAUAUUCUAAGGGAGAAAGCCAAGGCUUUGGGAAGUAUAACUAUCUAUAACCAGCCUCUCUGA